CAACCGCAUCUAAAGACUCUCGUAAACGAGAGUUCUCUUGCACAUCGGCAUUGUGUGCGUUAUCUCUAAUAAAAAUUAGACCAUUCUGCACAUUUAUCUGUAAAAGAAAGUGUUAACAUGUUCUGUAAGAAGUCUAUGAGUUUAUUCGGUAUAGCAUUUCUUUUCUUAAUCCUUGUUGCGGACAGUGAAACUCAAAUAACUUUUUCUACCGAUUGGGCCCAAGGUAAAAGGAGUCAAGAUAUGCGAAUUAGAUCGAGUAAUACGGAUUGUUCGUCGCAAGGUGCAACAUUGGAACAGUUAUUAAAAUUAUAUUCGUUUAUUCAGAUGGAAGCUCAAAAGAUCUUGGAUUGCCAAAUCUUGAACAAGUGAACCAGAAAAGUGUCAUUGGUCUUAUCAAAAUCGGUUUUGUGCCAGAAUUGUCAGCUUGAAUUAAAAUAAUGAAAUUUGAAUAACGUAACUGAGUCGUCAUAUAUCUUAUAAUUUUCUUCUUAAUACUCAGAUGACAGAUUAGCGUACAUGACACACAUCGGCAUAGAUUAUUUUCUAUGUACUAUGUGUAUCUCAAACACAAAGAUGUUUGAAUUUCCUUUGUUAUAUGACACGAUCUAAAAUUACUUACUUCCAUUUACUUGCUAUAUGUUUUGUACAUAAUAUGUAUUGUAACGUGAGCUAAUAUUGAGACAAGUGGUACACGAUAUUUCUUGGAAGCUGGUCUUCUUGCGGCCCUGAAAACAUCUACUGUUGUAGGUUAUCUAUAAAUGUUGCAAUUUCACAAAUGUAAUCUUAAAAAAUAAA